UCCUCUCUGAUCCCCUCGGGCAUCUCGGCCGGGUGCACAACGUUCCUCGAGUCGCUCAACGCCGACCAGACUCUUCAGGCUUGCGUAAACCCUCUCAUCACCGCCACCAACGCAUUCUCCCCUGUCUCGGGCAAGAGCCCGUCGACGAGCGACCUGAACUCGGCGCUCAAGACGAUGUGCUCGGCCUCGGGCUGCGACCAGGGCUACGUUGUCGGCAAGCUCAACGAGUUUUACUCUGCCUGCCGCUCUGAGAUUGACUCGGGCAACUCGAAGGUUGUUGAGCUGUACGACGUGCUCUACGUCUUCACCCCGCUCAAGGGUGCCGUCUGCUCGGUCGACUCGGCCACCCAGGGCUACUGCGUUAGCACGAUCCGUAAGUCGGGAUCCUCAACUCCGGCGCAGGGUCCUGCCAACUCGACCUCGUUCGCCAAGUCGAUCAACGUCGUCGCCGCGAUUGCCAACAGCGCCGCCGACUACCUGUACGACAUCACUGGCCUGUCGAAGCGCGCGUCCUCGUCGCAGUCGUUCGCCUCGGUCGUCACCCCCAACGCGACCACGUACCGCAACACCAACCUCCCCUUCCUCUUCCUCCAGCCCGACAUGACCAAGGAGCAGCUCUGCACCUCGUGCACCCGUCAGAUCAUGGCCACUUACAUCAAGUACGAGAACGCGAUCGGCUACGGCCCCGGUCUUGGCAACUCGCCCAUCCUCGGCGGCCAGUCUGAUCUCUGGACCGGCAUCAAGACCGUCUGCGGCGACAGCUACACCAGCGCUAUCGUUUCUGAGGCCGGUGGCAACCUCCCUACUUCGGGCGCGCUGUCCCGCGCCGCUGUGCCUGCUGUCGGCCUCGUCGCCGGUGUCGCGGCUCUCGCUUUCGUCCUCUAA